CAUGGCCACAGAUGACACAGAUAUGCUUAUCGCCCUCGUAUACAGCUUACUGCAAUCAAACUCCAGCCAACCUGCUUCACAUUCUGACGAGGCGGUCUUGGAUGCUUUAGUGCAACACAACGGCAAUGUAGAGGCUGCUGUUCAACAUCUGAACAAUCGAGGGAAAAAGAGAAAAAGGACGAACGACUUGACAUCAUGGCUUGGAAACAAGCCCAAUAAAUCUAAACCAGCAGUGGAUCUUAUGACGGUCCUCCGACAAGCUCCCCCUUCGCCAUCCAAGAAGAAGCCUGUAUCUCCGCCACCUCUCUUACUGUCAAAUCCGACUAUGGUAGCGCAGCAUACCCCUUGUACCAUGCACCUAUCGGUUCUACCACCAGAUUUAGCAUGUCAGCUCUUUUACACCAUGGUUGACGCUUCACGGGGAUGGAAGCGUAAUAAAUGGUGGCUUUUUGACAGAGUCGUAGAGAGUCCACAUCGGACAUCUUUUUUUGCAAGAGAGAACGGUGCAGAAGGGAGUGGUGACGCCUGGCAGGAGGCUGCGCGAUUCUGGUAUAAUGGUCGAAUGACGGACCCUCCACUUGAGUUUCCUGCCCCUAUGGAAGAGGCAUGUGUCAUUGUUGAACGACUCGUCAAUGAGGAACUAAGGAAGCGACAACGCUUUCCCCUUGAGUGGGCUGGCCAGCCUGGGUCAGAAUAUGCCUGGCACGCAAACGUCGCUGCGUCUAACUGUUACGAAGGUGCAAAGGAGAGUGUUGGACCUCAUUCGGACCAGAUGACUUAUUUGGGGCCGUAUUGCACAAUAGGCGGGUCGAACUACUCCCUCCAUUAUUCAGGUGCACGGAGAAUUUUCAGCCUGCGAGAAGUUAUUCCCAGCCAAGAAAGAGAGACACGAAGCGCUCAGACCUUCAACAUACCUCUUCCACACAAUUCUCUCACAAUCAUGCAUGCGUCGUGCCAAGAACGCUUCAAACACUCUAUCCCUCCACAAUCUUCCAUGGACCUCUACCGACCCUCUCACCCUCGCGUACCAAAUGACACCUCCAAUUGCCGGAUUAACAUAACCUUCAGGUUCUACCGCCCGGACUUUCACCCAUCCAGCAUCCCUCGGUGUAAAUGUGGUAUACCGACGAUUCUGCGACCGGAUAUGAAGAAUAGGACGGAUGGGAAAACGGAUAAGUAUUGGUGGACAUGCUACGCCGGAGCACAGAAUGAUGGCAAAGGAUGUGAUUUUUGGAAGGUGAUGGAUAUGGAGAAAGAAGGGAGAGGACCUGUAGUGGGCGAACGAGUCACCCAGCCUGUUUACUGUCUCCCAACUGUAUAGCAGUGGAGACAUAUAGUGCUCAUAUAUAUUUCUAACCACUACGUUGAUUUGACCAGCUUUUCGGUAUUGCACUCCAAAUCGUUAGAGCGAAGAAAUUGUGG